CAGAUUUUCCGUCGAGUUGGGCCUCUUCCUCCUCUCUGGGAAAACCAAAGUUUUGACAGGAACUAAAUUCCAAAAUGGGGAAGGUACAGGUCAGCCAGGGAAGGGAUUUGAUGGUAGGCCUGCAAGCGGGGUGACCAGUGCCUGUUAUAAAGGCAGUAGAGUAGGCCAGGAUGCCAGAGAUGACAGAGAACCAGACUCCUGGCCAUAAACCACGAAAGAAGAAAAACAAGGAAUCUCACAAUGCAGUUGAGAGACAGCGAAAAGAGAAGAUCAAUGCUGGAAUUAACCGUAUUGGGGACCUUCUACCAUGUUCCCAGGCACUGAAGCAGAGUAAGAACAUGAUCCUUGACCAGGCCUACCUUUACAUAAGUGAGCUGCAGAAACAAAAUGACGCCAUGCUUCUCGAAGGGGGAGAACGAAUACAAGUUGAGGAGAUCCGGCGGCUGCGUGGUCAGCUGGACGAGCUGCGGAGGGAGAGCGGCCAUUACAUUGAGUUGCUCAAAGCCCACGACAUCAACUUCCUGGACGACCCCACCGUCCACUGGAAGGGAAAGCUGCGCUGUGCAAAGGUCGCCAAAGUAACGCCCACUCACCAGCUCCCCGAAGGAAUUAUUGUCUACUCCAAUGGGAAUGUGAUAUGCCCAGCAGGGAAGGAACCUAGUCCAGCUUCCGAUCUGGGGAAGCAACCAGUCAUGACUGGGAUUGUUCAGUCAUCUUGUGACAUCACAGCAGGGGUUAGGGUGAACGUGGCUCUUCAGCACGUCAGUGUCCCUUCCUCUGCCCCUCCGCUCCUCCCUAAGGCAACCCUAGCCCCUAUAGUGUCUACACCUGGCAUGAAGCUGGUGGAACAGUGUGCAGAAGAGGUACCUUUAGCCCCCAAACUACCCCCCUCUGUGUCCUACAUCACCCUCCAAGGUAUCUGCCCUCUCCCCACGGUCACUGCAGCCUUGCCCCAGCCUGCCACCCCAGCCCCUAUUCUCCCCAUUGCAGCCAGUUUGGCCACCCCACUCUCGCUCCAUCCUGUCCCCAGCUGUACAGCCCUUCCCCAGGUCAUAACCACCCAGAACGCUGCCAUCAGGACUAUGAGCUAUACGACUAUCAACAGCAGCCCAACCGUCCUCGGGGCCAGUGCAGCAGGGAGCACACAGACCACCUGGACUACCUUACAGCUGGCUGGGAACACAGUGCAACCUGUCUGCCAGGCACUCCCCACCCCAGAGACUAGCACCUCUGGGCAGCAGAGUAUCCAACAGAUUGUGGGCACUAAACUAUCAGUUCAACCCAUUCAUAUUCAAAUGAGGCCACAGGUAACCAUACAGCCUCAGGCACCCAUCACUGCCCAUAUCCAAGCCCAGCCUUCCUUCCAGAGGACACCCCAGCUACGACCAGCUAUCCUGGCCCAGCCACACUGUACUGUCCUCCCUCAGUCAGCCAUCAUGCCCCAGCCUGCUGUGGUAGCCCACUCAACUAUGAUAUCACGACCUCAACCUGCUGUACAACAACAGGCAACAGUCCCCUCCCAUCCACAGACUGUCCUCAUGACUCAACCCCAACCAGCUAUGCUUCCUCAGGUCCAGGCUCAAGCCCACCCCCAGGCAGCUGUUAGGCCCCUCCUCCAGACCAUGCAGGUAUUGCAAAUGAACCCUACUGGGACAGCAAUUGCUGGGGUAACGACUCCCCAGAACACUAACAACCCGAGUGUUGUCAUCCUACAGCAGGCCAAUCCCUGCUCAGCCCAGUCGGUUGUCAGUGACGACUUAACCAAUCAGACGCCUUGUCAGCACAUCGUCAUCAUCCAGGCCUCCAAUCAGCCUCCACCUGCACCUCCUCAGAACCCUCAGGUUGACAUGGUGCCCGCAGCAGCACCCAAUCAGAUUGUCGCUACCAGCUCCACAACUUCCACCACUGGGCAACAGAUCGUUGGGGGUAAACAGUUGGUUCACAUUCUACCACGUCCCGUCCCUCAAACCCAGACACCCCAAGCCCCCCCGGUUCCCCCGAACCCUCAGACCAUCACUGUGAACGGGCAGGUGUUUGCCUUGCAGCCCAUGAAGACCUCUGAAAAGUCAGGCUGUAAGGGUGGCCAGAGCAGUCUCCAGCUGAUCCAGCCCAGUACCGCUGAGGAGCCCAGCACAGCUAAGGAGCCCACCACCAACAUGCACACCCUGGGAGCCCUCAGCAGCCUCAACCAGAGCAUCUCACAGGGCAUGCCGUCGUGCAUCUCCACCCAGAGUAACGUCCAGCGAACCCUAGCCUCACCAUCCUACUCUAUAUUGCCACAGCAGAAGCCAUCUUCUGUCCCCAUUUUAGCAGCUCCACACAGUUCCCCUGUCAGGCAGAUCCAGAUCCCCAGUGUGACUCCACACAGAACAGGGCUGGCGAUGGGUACAGGGAAGGCCUUGUGGAGACAGCCUGAAACAGCCUCAGUGCCCAGACCUAAGUGGGCCAUCACCAAGAGGACCAAGUUAGUGAGUAAAAAGGAGCCCAAACAGGGACGGCCUGUCACCAUCUCAGCAAAGCCAGUGGCUUUAACAGGGGACCGCCUGGAACAAGAGGUCACUGUGCCUCAGGGAAUCCCAUCCUCUGUUGCUGUGACAGUUCAGCCAAAGCCACUUCCUGUCAGCACUACAGCUAACACAUCCACAGUUAGUAGUAGUGAGGCUUCAACACAGACCAGACCUGUUGAGCUUAGUAUCAACUCUACACUGUCCUCUCCUGAAGGUAAUAGUGUGACUACUAGUUCAUAUAGUGGACCAACUGUCUCCAGUGAAUGCACCACACAGAGUAAAACCUCUGUGACAAGUGUCACUCCGUGUACAGCAGCAGUUAGUAGUAGUAGUAUUUUUAGCUCCACACAGAGUGAACUCAUUAUCACUAGUGUUGUGAGUCUAGCUACUGUCACUUCUGCAGCAGAUAAGCCUACAGUCACUUCUACUGUUUCUUCUCAGAGUAAACAACCUGCGGUCGCCGUUAGUGACAGGUCCACUCACCUCAGACCUACAGUCACACAGAACAGACAGCCGGUCACUACUACUAUCAGCACUGUGCAAACGAGAUCAGCUAUCACUAAUUGCAGUUCUAGACAGAGCAGAUCUACUGGUGCCUGUUCCACAGAGACUAGAUCUAGGUCUACGGGUGUGAUGUCUUCAGCAGCAUGUCAACCCUCAGUCAGCACUGUAAACUCAAUAGGAAAUAGACCAGUGGUGUCUCUCCAGUCUGCUCAGCUCACUUCGUCAUCAACGGGUCAGACCAAGCCAGCCAACAGCCAGGAGUCUCAGCCUACAACCCAGACCCAGCCCGUGGCUUCUCCUUCGGGCCCCUCCACUCCAACCCCCUGUUCUGGCACCCUGUCUUUUGCCUCACCCUCUGUAACAGUCCCCAUGACCAUGCCAUCAGAAUACAGGAAAUGGGUCCCCUAUAACAGACCCUCCACCCAGCAAAUGACCAUGCCCACUUCCACACCAUCCCAUCCUGCUGAGCUCAAAGUGACAGCGGUGUCAGGCAGGGAGAAGGCACCCCAGGCAGAGAGCCACCCCAGCGCAGCGAUGGAGAAAGCGAGCCUGAGGAGUGAUGCUGCUCCCUCUAGAAUGGACUACACUCUCCCACAGCAGGUGUACGUGCUAGACCACGAACCCUUGGAUCAGCCUCCGGCUCCUAACAGACAGACUGACUCGCUCAUGUCUGGUGGCGCAGGUGGUGGAAGGGGCUUCUCUGUGGCGUCUAUGCUUCCCACAGGCCACAGUGUCAGUUCCUCGCCAGGUCAUUUUGGAUCGUUUACUUUUGCCAGCGAGCAGACUGAUAUCCUGGCUAUGUUGGAGCAGGACAGUCCUGGGAGGAGGGUGGGGGGCUGCACCGUGGACAACUCCACCUCAACAAACACCCCAACACCUGCAUGGGAACCCAACUCCAAGUCCCAGCAAGCCUCCAACAGCAAAGAGAGGAGUGCUGGACAACAGACAAAGCUCACCAAACAGAUGGAGCCUCCAGUGGCUAAACAGGUGUCUGUUCGGGUCCAGGCUGGAGAUCAGACAUCUGCAGUUAGACAUCCACAGAACAUCUCCUUCUCCCAGGCCCACUCUCACCCCCAGAGCCAGGCCCAGUCUGGUACUUCCGGCACCCUCAGCGUCAACAACCUGAUCCGGCCCAGCUCCAGCCAGCAGCAGGCCUACCCAGGCUCCCUCAGUCUGGCUGGGCAGCUGGGCUCAGUCCCAUCCCCUGCAGGGAACUCAGCCCAUGUUUCCCAAACCUCCACCCCUGUCCUUCCUCCCUUCUCAGGCUCAGUCCAGCUGAACGAGUACGCCCCCCUGAGGAGGCCCCAGGUGGGGGUGGGUGAGCCGCGAUACAUCAAGGACUUGUCCAAGAGGCCAGCCCAGGAUGAUGUGAUACUGUCCAGCAGUAACAAGCGACAGAAGACCUGCUCGUCGGCCUCUAACGUGGGCCGCAUGGAGGUCAAACCCCUGGACCACAGCCAGAUGAUGGUACCCCAGCUACCCCCUACCACCUCAUCCAUCAUGACCAGGAUCAACCCAGACGGAGUGGGUACCCUGUUCGCAGGCAACACCUUCAUGAGUACAAUGCUCCGACCCACCGAGAGCCACUGCACCCCCCAGCUGCCCACACAGGAACACAACCAACCAGGUGUGCUCCACCUGCCCCAUGGCCACCCCCAGCAUGGUGCACCCCAGCCAGGCCAACACCUCGGGGGCAACCCCUACCUGAAGCAGCAGCAACAACAACAACAACAACAGGAGCACCACCUGUACCAGCUCCAGCAUCACCUGACCCAGCCUGACCCUGCACACCUCCACAGCCUCCACCAGAGGGCGCUUCAGCAGGUCCAGAAGAAGCGGGGGCUGGUUGGAGGGGGUCAGAAACAACACCACCAGGAGAAGGGAGGAGUUCAGCAGCACCAGCAUCAACAGUCACAACAAUCACAUCAACAACAACCUCAAACACACCAGCAGCACCAGCAACAGUUGCAGCAGCAGCACCAGCAACAGUCACAACAACAACAACAACACCAACAGCAAACACAACAACAGCACCAACCACAAGCCCUGUCACAGCAGCAACAUCUGCAACAACACCCUCAACAGCAGCACCAGCAGCAGAGCUCCCACUCCAGACACCAGCACCUCCAGCAGCAACAGAUCCAGCACUUUGGGUCGCAGCACCAGGAGAAGAGCUGUGAGGCCCAGCCAGGACCAGCGGGACCCAGAGGUCACCACAGCAGCCACCUGGCCCAGGAACACCUCAAGUCUGAUCAGGACCACAGCACCAUGCAGAGGCUGAUGAGCUCUAGAAACCUGGAGCAGCACCUGACCUCCCAGCCCAGCAACCCUGCCGCCCAGCCCUCCGACCUGGGCUGUGCUCCCCCGCGCCAGGAUCACCACCGUGUCUCCAGCUACUCUGCAGAGGCCCUCAUUGGGAAGGGCUCGUCUAGUGAUGAGCAGCAGCGCAUGGUGCUCCAUCUGCAGGCCACCCGCGGUACUACACAGGAACAGCCAGACCUACGGGGAUACCUGGACACACCCAGAGUGAAGGGCAAUGUCACACACAACCCUCAGAGCCGGCUGCCCCCAGACCACCCAGGUUCUGCAGACGUCCAGAGGGUCUCUGAGUGUCCUCCGUUUAAAACAAUGGCCAGUGCUGAAGGGGGGCAUCAGCUGGGGGGCUUUGAGGACAUGACACCUAAAUCAGGUCCCUCCUCUCAGAGAGGCCAGCGGGGUUUCAGGAUGAACCCGGGGCCUCCAGGGGAUGGGCAAACCCGUGUGGGGUACAGUGGACCCCAUCCUGGGACGCAGGGGGUGCAGAUUGGUGCUCCAGGUCUUACCCGGGACCAGGAGGGGUGUCAUCAGAGUUUUAUGCAGAGUCUCCUGGAGCAGACCGACCACCAGAGGGCAGUCCAGUGCUGUCCUCCGGUCAGUAUGGAGUACGGCUGUGUGUCUGGCAGCUCUGCAGGGGACAUGCAGGCUAAAGCAUCCAGCCCCAGUGUUCCUCCCACUCAGAAGGCCUCAGCUAUGAGGCUUGGGGAAGGCAACAAGGGCCACAUUCCUCAUGGUAGUGGGAACAUGGGCACCCACCCAGGGGUACGGACAGGCCUCCCCCACCCCCUUACCCCCCACAACAGCUCUGAUGCAGGCCGCACCACGGCCUCCUCCAGACCGCCCACCACUGUCAGCCAGCGCUCCCGCCACAUCACCCAGGAGGCCCAGAGCGGGAAGCUGAGGCCUGGAGAGCGACCACGGUCAGGCACCCUGAGACCUGGGAACCCCUUUGAGCCUGACGUCCACCUGCUGGGUCGACCACAGUCGGGGAGUGAGGCGCGGCGCAGCAGUAUCGUUCGCUUUAUGGCAGACAGUGCCCAGGUCUCCGGGGACAACAACCUGGUGCCUGACCAACACCUGGCCCAGAACUUUGGCUUCUCCUUCAUGCCGGAUGGAGGACUGAACCUCCCUCCUAUCAAUGCCAAUUCUACGUUCAUCCCCCCUGUUAGCCAGACCAACUCCUCCCGCCCCUCGUCCCUGCUCCCCGUAGAGCCGCAGAACACCUUACCCUCCUUCUAUCCCUCCUACCCCCCUGCCGCCCACCCCAGCCUGGCCAGCGACAUCCCCAUCCAGUACUUCUCCAACCAGAUGUUCACCAGCCCCGGCGCCGACAAGAGCACUUCUGCCCCCCUCAACAACCGCUUCGGCUCCAUCCUGUCUCCUCCGCGCUCCGUAGGGUUCGCCCAGGCAACCUUCCCCCUACUCUCAGACAUGCCCCCUAUGCCCAUCAGCAACUCCUCUGGCAUCACCCCACACCUGUCCAACUUCAGUCUCACUUCGCUGUUCCCUGAGAUCGCCACGGCGAUGCAGCCUGAUGGUUCUGCCAUGCCAAUGUCCCCUUUGCUGUCGCUCUCCAACAAUUCCUCUGCAGACUCAGGCAAGCAGCCCAACCGCCUCGCCCACAACAUCAGCCAUAUCCUGGGGCAUGAUGGGAGUUCUGCAGUGUAGGUGAGGGGACUUAAGGUGUUGUCGUGCCAACGUGGCAUUCAGGAAUGUUCUGAUUCCAUUUCAGACGAAACAUUUAUUGAGUUGUAUUACGUGGAGUAAUGUCAUGCCAUGGCCAAUUGAAUUGACAGGAUUUCAACUGUUCUGUUUGGAUUAAAGUGGGUGGAAGGGCUGGUGAUCUUCUGUUGGUCAGCUGAAUGGUUUUUAACAUAUUAUUUAUGGUUAGUGUUAUACUUUAACUUCCUGUUCUAUCGAUACCCUAACAAUGCAGUGGUUGCCCUAGUUACUGAAGUCAUAGCGUUUCACUGAUCAGGCACUCCUAUGGCUCAAGGAUGGGGGAAAUGAAGCUCCUAAACCAUAUGGUUUGCAAAUAGGUCUGACGUGACGACUUAUCUGCUAGUAAAAUUAUAUGAAGAGUUGUCAUUUCAUUGACUAACUUCUAAAAGAGGAUCCAUUUGAAAAACAUGUGCACAAAAUUCUCAAACUUAAAUGUACUAACUUAAAAUCAGGGUGUACAGUACAGAAUAUAUGAGAUGUUUUGUAAAUAAGUUUCUUAUGAUAAUUGUUAGUUUGAUAUGUGUGUAUCUGUAAAUAAAUAAAGUUGAUUUAACAUUU